GUACAGGCGACAUUUCCACUGGCAAUCUGAUUGUCAACGAGGGGAAAGAAACCCAAUCCUGGCCAGCGUUUCUAAUCGACUUGGACCUUGCUAUCAAGGAGCAACGAGAACGACCUUCUGGGGCGAGAGGUAAGACUGGGACCAGGGCUUUUAUGGCUAUUGGUCUCCUUUUGGGGGAAAGACACACUUUCAACCAUGAUUUGGAGUCUUUUUUUCUGGGUUCUCUUCUGGAUUUGUAUCCAUUAUAAUGGACCAGGAAACAGGAGCAGGACGAUGCCCGAAUUCGAGAAAUGGAAUUAUGUCGACAUGGAAGAAUUAGCUAAGCUUAAGCUGGGAACAAUAUCAGAGGAGGAUGUCUUCAGGAGCACCGUAGAGGCGAAUUUCACGGAAUAUCACGAGUCGUUAGUUCCGUGGGUUCUCGAGUUACGAAAAGUGGUAUUCCCUAACGGAAGAAUACGAAAGAAAGAAGACAGGGGGGUUUAUUUGCGGAUGCGCCAGAUUCUUAGGAGUGCUCAACAGGAUGAAAAAGUCUUAGCCUGACGUCUUAUAAAUCUAAGAAAGUCACGGUGUGGGCAAAUUACUCUGCUGCAACAGAAAGUACAUUCCAGUCAUCAUGUUAUCUGUACUCGGGGAUCAAACAUGUCUACAGUCAAUAUUGUCAAGUAUUACUUCUACAAGGGCAUGGUCCCUAAAGGCCAAACCAGAUUGCAAAAACCACUCACC